CUCGGUAACGCUGCUCAGUGACGCGCCAGUGGCCACGUCGCCAGACUACUUACCAAGUGCGCGUGGCUGUGACGCGUGCGAUAACGCGCUCACUGCGCGGGGAUCGCUACUCUGUGACGCACGCGCGUGCGUGCGCGCGAGUGCUCAGUCAGCUCAGUGCUCAGUCGCUGCGUGUGCGCGGCUUCGUGACUAGUGGAGAAGAACGAAGCAGGACUGGCCAGGUUCGUCGCUUGGCGGCGUGCGAGCGAGCCCCGCGCCGAGUGACCGAACCCUGUGCGUGGCCGCGUGCCGCGCGCGCCCGGCCUGCCCGACGGCGGAGUGCUCGGCUCCGAGCUGCGGGGCCGAGCGGUCGCCGAUGGAGCGGGCGUCGGGCUCCGCCUCCGGCCAAUGCAGGCGUCUCCUGCCGACGAGCCGGCCUUGCCUGUGACUGAGGCCCGGACGCCGAACGCGAUGCUGGCGGCCGGCGCCCACACCCACCCUAACGGCGCCCUGCGGCCCCGGCGCCCCAACUUCCUGCCCGUCACCCCGUGCUAUGACGGGCCGGCCGGCCGGCUCAGCCCUACGGCCGAGGAGACCGUGCUGGCCGGAGACCCAGACACCAAGUCGCCGCCGAUCCGACUGCCGUCGUCGCCGCCGCCAGAGCCCGGCAAGACCAGCACGCCCAACUCGCUGCUGGGCGUGGUCCGACGCCAGAAGCCGUGCGGCGAGGACGACACGGACCGGACGGUGAGGCGCAUCUCCUACCUGAAGGCCACCGCCGGCGACGGCCUCUUCCACACGGGCUCCAAGGAGGAUCGUAAGCCGGGCAAGCUCUCCCUGAGCUUUCAGAGCUCUAGGAAGGUCAGCGAACUCCCUCCCAAGGGACGAAUCCAAAAACUCCGAAACUUCUUCGAGGAAAAAGCCCAAAACCAGUUGAAGCGACUGGAGCGGUCCACGUCGAUCCGCGCGACCAAGCCAUCGUCGCCGACGUGGCCGACGUCGCCGCCGCCGCAGUCGGCGCCGGCCGCCGACGCGCAGCGCGAGGGCUGGCUGCGCGUCAAGCUGGCGCAGAUGGACGGAAAGCGCGCGCCCGACCGCUCGUGGCGCGAGCUGUGGGCGGUGCUGCGCGGCGACGCGCUCUCCUUCUACAGAGACCGCAAGGAGGUCAACCAGACGCCGUCGUCGCUGGAGGAGCAGCCGGUGAACGUGGCGCUGUGCCAGCUGGAUUCAGCCGACGGCUACACGCGCCGCAAGCACGUGUUCCGCCUGUUGACACACACCGGCUCCGAGUACCUGCUGCAGACGGAACACCUGCUGGAGCGCGAGGCCUGGCUGGAGGCGCUGCGGCCCGUCUGCCAGGCCCUGGUGGUGCCGGAGGAUUCCUCGCGGUCGGCCACCGACUCGUCUCUGCUCAGUCCCACCAGCGGCAAGGCCAUGAAGAAGCUGACCAGCCUGCGGCAACGCUCCCCCACCGGUCAGGGGCCCAACGCCAAGACGAGGAAGCCCAGCCAGACACCCGACCAGAGCGUGUCGCCCAAGCCGAAGACGUGGAAGGUGCGCAUGGCGCGCCAGCUGAAGAAGAUGCACGUGGGCUCGCCGCUGGCGCCGGCCGUGCAGGCGGUGCCGGACGGCUGGACGCUGGGCGUGCCGCUGCACCUGUGCCCGCCGUCGACCAGCAACGAGUUGGUGCCGGCGCUGGUGGAGAUGUGCACCAGCCUGGUGGAGGAGCGCGGCCUGGACACGGAGGGCCUCUACCGCGUGCCGGGCAACAACGCCGCCAUCAAGAGUCUCUCGGAGGCGGUCAACCGUGGCAUCCACUCCGUCAACCUGCAGGCCGACCCGCGCUGGACAGAUGUCAACGUGAUCUCCUCCUUGCUGAAGUCGUUCUUCCGCAAGCUGCCCGACUCGCUGGUGACGAUCGAGCUGUACCCGCAAUUCAUCGACACGAGCAAGAUUGAGGACCCCGAACGGCGCAGACUGCAGCUGCGCAAACUGGUGCAGGAGCUGCCCGACCACAACUACGAAACGCUCAAGUACCUGCUGCGCCACCUGCGCCGCGUCACCGAGCACAGCCACGUGAACAAGAUGGACCUGAAGAACCUGGCAAUCGUGUUCGGGCCGACGCUGGUGCGCUCCUCCGACGACAGCACGUCCGUGCUCGUCACCGACAUGUCGCAGCAGUGCGGCAUCGUCAAGACUCUCAUCAGCGAGUACGACUGGUUCUUCCCGGCGGACGAGACGGACGAGGCGGCCGACGAGCCGCCGCCGCUGCCCGACAGCUCGCCGCCGCUGUCGGCACCCGUGCUGCCGGCGCCACACCACAGCCCGCUCUUCAGCACCGUCCAGCGCAUGGACAGCCAGGGCUUCCCGAUGGACCCCAAGGUCAUAGCCAGCAGUAUUAUAUUGGCGGCCAGCAGGAAGUCGCAGCAGGCGCGGCCGGCGGAGCAGGAGCCAGCUGACUGCGCGCCGGCGGUGGCGGCGCCCCUCGGCGCUCGUUCUUCAGCCUCCGAGUGCAACAACAACCAAAUCAAGCGGGCACUUUCUGCCUCGAGCGCAGUCGGCGCAGCUGACGGCGCCGGGCGGGUCCACGUCAUUCCGAUCCGGCUGGCGGAGGAGCCACCGCAGGCCGCCCAGCACGCCCCGGCCGACGGUUCGGAGUCAUUGCCGUCGUUGGGACGCGCCGGGCCGGACGCGCCGCCGCAGGACGACACGGCCAUUCCCAGCUACGCCGGCCUCUCGCAGACCACGCAGGAGCGCAUCCGGCGCUUUGAGGAGGAGACCCUGCGCGCCAUGCUGCAGAGGGAAAAGUUGAAGAGUGAGUGCGAGGCUAAGGACCUGGACCUGCAGCGGGCGCGCAUCGAGCGAGAGUGGGCGCGCGCCAAACAGGACCUGGAGCAGCCAGACUUCCUGGACGAGCUGGCCGACAACCCGGCAGGCGUGUGGUACCCUUUUAGCGGGUAGGCCUGGCCGCCGGCCGCCGCUAGCGCCCCUCGGCGGCGUCGCACUGGGCCGGCGCGCCC